ACCUUCCAGGCGCUGCCCGCAGCUCCGCGCACAGCCCGGCGCCAAGCCGCUGCCCCCGCGCUGACGGUGGCCGCGGCCUCUCACGAAUGGCCCUGCGGGCGGAGCCGGCUCAGCGGUACCGGUCAGGAGGCGCGGCCGCCCUCCACGCCGGCCGCUUGGCCGCACCCCGUGCCGGCUCCGAGCAGGCGGAGGGCGGGUCACACACCGCAUUUGGAGAAGAGGGCGUGGCCAUGCUCCAUAUUUGCUGGAGUCAGCGGAGUGCGGAGCGGUACCGGUUACCGGAGGGGUGGGAGGGCUCCUCCGGGCACCGACGGCUCAGCAUCGCCCCGUGAGGGGCUGUCGCGAUGGGUCGUCAUGACCGGACCUCCAUCCUCUCUGGACGGUUCACGCCACGCGCAGUCCCGAGUGGGAGCUCUGCUCCCGUUCGGGAGAGCGGGUGACGUGAACCGGCCCCGGGAGCGCCGUCCCGGGAGCACCGGCCCCACCUCCCCCGCCGCAGCGGACUACAGAUCCCGGCGUUCCCGGCGCGCAGGCGCAGUGAGCGCGGGGCGCACGCCGGGCCCGGCAUGGCGGAGCCGGAGGCCGCGCAGCCCGGGCGGCCUCCGCCGGGCCCCGGGACGGGAACGGCGGGGACGGCGGGGGCGAGCGGGGUGACGGCUGGAGGAGCGGGAUCCAGCGACCCGGCACGGCCCGGGCUGAGCCAGCAGCAGCGGGCGAGCCAGCGCAAGGCGCAGGUGCGGGGGUUCCCCCGCGGGAAGAAGCUGGAGAAGCUGGGAGUCUUCUCGGCUUGCAAGGCCAACGACGCCUGCAAGUGCAAUGGCUGGAAGAACCCCAACCCCCCCACAGCCCCUCGAAUGGACCUGCAGCAGCCGGUGACCAACCUGAGUGAGCCGUGCCGGAGCUGUGGCCACGCACUGGCGGACCACGUGUCCCACCUGGAGAACGUCUCAGAGGAAGAGAUCAACCGUCUGCUGGGCAUGGUGGUGGAUGUGGAGAACCUCUUCAUGUCAGUGCACAAGGAGGAGGACACGGACACCAAGCAGGUGUAUUUCUACCUGUUCAAGCUGCUGCGGAAGUGCAUCCUGCAGAUGAGCCAGCCUGUGGUUGAGGGGUCCCUGGGGAGCCCUCCCUUUGAGAAACCAAAUAUUGAGCAGGGAGUCCUGAAUUUUGUGCAGUACAAGUUCAGCCACUUGCCACCCAAGGAGCGCCAGACCAUGUAUGAGCUCUCCAAGAUGUUCCUGCUGUGCCUCAACUACUGGAAGCUGGAGACACCGUCCCAGUUCCGUCAGCGCUCCCAGAAUGAUGAUGUGGCCACCUACAAGGUCAACUACACCAGGUGGCUGUGCUACUGCCAUGUGCCACAGAGCUGUGACAGCCUGCCCCGCUAUGAGACCACCCACGUCUUCGGGCGCAGCCUCCUCAAGUCCAUCUUCACAGUGACCCGCCGGCAGCUGCUGGAGAAGUUCCGGGUGGAGAAGGACAAGCUGGUGCCGGAGAAGCGGACACUGAUCCUCACCCAUUUCCCCAAGUUCCUCUCCAUGCUGGAGGAGGAGAUCUACGGUGAGAACUCUCCAAUCUGGGAGGCUGAUUUCACAGUGCCAGCUGCGGAGAGUGCCCAGCUGGUGUCUCGCCCAGCUGCAGUCAGCACCGUUGCCGUGCCCACCACUCCUCUCUUCAGCAAGAAGCUCAGCAGCAGCACCUCGGCCACCAGCCUGGACGCCAGCACCCCAGAGCCCCUGCCAGGAGAGAAGCGGAAGCUACCUGAGAGCCUGACGCUGGAGGAUGCCAAGCGGAUCCGUGUCAUGGGAGACAUCCCCAUGGAGCUGGUGAACGAGGUCAUGCUGACCAUCACAGACCCUGCUGCCAUGCUGGGCCCUGAGACCAGCCUGCUGUCGGCCAACGCGGCGCGGGAUGAGACGGCGCGGCUGGAGGAGCGCCGCGGCAUCAUCGAGUUCCACGUCAUCGGCAACUCGCUCUCGCAGAAAUCCAACAAGAAGAUCCUGAUGUGGCUGGUGGGGCUGCAGAAUGUCUUCUCGCACCAGCUGCCCCGCAUGCCCAAGGAGUACAUCACUCGCCUCGUCUUUGACCCGAAGCACAAGACCCUGGCACUGAUCAAGGAUGGACGAGUGAUCGGGGGCAUCUGCUUCCGCAUGUUCCCUACCCAAGGUUUCACGGAGAUUGUCUUCUGCGCUGUCACCUCCAAUGAGCAAGUGAAGGGCUAUGGGACGCACCUGAUGAACCACCUGAAGGAGUACCACAUCAAGCACAACAUCCUCUACUUCCUCACCUAUGCAGAUGAGUACGCCAUUGGCUACUUCAAAAAGCAGGGCUUUUCCAAGGACAUCAAGGUCCCCAAGAGCCGCUACCUGGGAUACAUCAAGGACUAUGAGGGGGCGACCCUGAUGGAGUGUGAGCUGAACCCCCGCAUCCCCUACACCGAGCUCUCACACAUCAUCAAGAAGCAGAAGGAGAUCAUCAAGAAGCUGAUCGAGAGGAAACAGGCGCAAAUCCGCAAAGUCUACCCAGGCCUGACCUGCUUCAAGGAGGGUGUGCGGCAGAUCCCCAUCGAGAGCGUCCCUGGCAUCCGAGAAACAGGAUGGAAACCUCUGGGGAAGGAGAAGGGGAAGGAGCUGAAGGACCCGGACCAGCUCUACAACAUGCUGAAGAACCUCCUGGCCCAGAUCAAGACCCACCCCAGUGCAUGGCCCUUCAUGGAGCCGGUGAAGAAGUCAGAGGCACCAGACUACUAUGAAAUCAUCCGCUUCCCCAUUGACCUGAAGACCAUGACGGAGCGGCUGAAGAACCGCUACUACGUCACCAAGAAGCUGUUCAUCGCCGACCUGCAGCGCAUCAUCACCAACUGCCGCGAGUACAACCCGCCCGACAGCGACUACUGCAAGUGUGCCAACACCCUCGAGAAGUUCUUCUACUUCAAGCUCAAGGAGGGAGGGCUCAUCGACAAGUAGCGGGGGCCGGCCUGGACCUGCUGUGGCCACCGGCCCUCCCGUGGGAGGGACAGGGCUCCUGUGGGAUCCAGCCCCACUCUCUCUGUUGCUAGGAGCUGCUGGAGGGAUUGGUGCUGCUGAGCAGCCUGGGGAGCUGGGCUUUCCUUCUUGGGGAGCCCCAGGGGCUGAGGGUCUGGUGAUUUUAUCCCUGAGAGCUCAGGGCAGGUCUGGCUCCCUCUCCUAGGGAAUGGGGGUGAGGCUGGAGCUGCCUCAUCAGGAUCUGCCCAGGGCAGGGAGAGCACUGAGCUCCUGCCUCUGCCUGAGGAGGGGGAGCCCCCUGAGCCCUGUGCAUCCCCCUUACCUGGGAUCGUGCCUUCUGCCCUGACUCCCUGUGACAGGGCAGGGGCACACAAGUGCUUUGGUUUCUGCUCCGUCCUCAUUCAGGCAGCCCCCACCCCUCACACUGAAUGUACAGCGGGGUCAGCCCUGCGCUGCCCGCAGCGGUGCUGCUCCUGGGCCAGGGUCCUGCUGGGCAGGGGGCCCUGCCCUGCACACCCAGCUCCUGCUGCCUCUGUCAGCUCUUCCCUCCCCCCGGGGCAGGUCUGCCUUCCCUGCCUGUACAUCCUCCCUGCCUGCCCCUGUUGCCAGCUGGGGAGUGGGGGUCUGCCAGCCCCUGUCCUGCCUCUCUGAGUGCCAGGGAGGGUGGCUGCCUGGUGCUGUGCUGGUCUCUGCUCCCUGCUCUGCUCUGGCUGGCAGCCACCUCUGCUUGUCCCCCACCUUGCUCCCUCCUCCUUGUGCCCCCCACCCCUUUCCCUGCCCCCCACUCCCCCAUUCCACUUGACUGGUGUUUUCGUUGGUUUGUUUGUUUUUUUAAUAAAUGUCCUUGUGCAGCCCCA